GUUCAGGUUACAGGAUGGGUGACUCAGGACCAUGUCGCGGCCUUACUAGUCACGUGUCGAUACCACAGUCAGGGCUGCAGCUCUGCACGCAGCACACCUGCCAUUGGCGAAACACGCCCACAUACCUGCGAGAACGAGGAAGUGGCAUCAUUUCUUUUGGAACCCGACGAAACCGAAAUACCCACUAGAAUCUCGCCCCGUUGUAAUCCUCGUCGUCCUCUGCACCCUUCACUCCCAUCUGAACUUUUCGACUUAAUCUGCUCCGGUCCCAUCCCAAAGACCAAAAGAAAACAGGGAACAGACGGAGUUUCACCUGGGACCAGCCUGGCUCUGACCAGGCCGGCACUGACCUGCUCAAGUCCAGUCGCAAGUUCCGCUGGUCCAGAGAAGCCCAGUACUUGUACCUUCGCCGCCUCUCUUCACGCAGCUACUCGGCUAUCACGAUGAACCCGGUGAUGGAGGAGACCGUGUGGGAGCAGUACACCGUGACUCUGCAGAGGGAUCCGAAGAUGGGCUUUGGCAUCGCAGUGUCAGGGGGGCGAGACAACCCGAAUGACGAAAGUGGAGAGACGUCCAUUGUGGUGUCCGACGUCCUGCAGGGAGGACCUGCUGAUGGCUUUUUGUUUGAGAAUGACCGCGUGAUACAGGUGAACGCCAUCCCCAUGGAGGGGGCCACCCACUCCUUCGCUGUCCAAACCCUCAGGAAGUGUGGCAAAGUGGCAAAAAUUACAGUCAAGAGACCCAGGAAGGUUCCAGUAAAUAUGCUGAACCGGCCCCCGUCACCUGAUGACAGGGUCUUUAACAACGACUACAAUGAAGAUUACAACUACGAGCAGGACCGCCGCAGCGUGUACAGCGGCCGGAGUGGAGGCGGGCGGGACCACAGCCUGGAGAGGGAGCGAAGCGGGGGAGGCUACAUGGAUUCUGGCUACCAAACACGCGAGCGUGACUACGAGCGGGACUACGACCGGGACUACGACCGGCAGGAACGGGGCAGGAGCACAGAGAGAGACCUGAGCCCGGACCGGCAGUACAGGAGGGACGGCAGCCGAGGUCGCACUUUGGACAGAGAACACAGCCCGGAUCGCCCCUACAAGGGCGACCACAGCCCGGAACGAAGGUACCGCAGCGAGCGCGCCCUGGACAGAGGCCACAGUCCCGAUCGGCGCUACCGCAGCGAGCGCGCCCUCGACCGGCAGGUCAGCCCAGACCGACGCUACCGCAGCGAGCGAACGCUGGACCGCACCAACAGCCCAGAGCUGCGCCACGGCCGCGAAAGUCACAGCCCGGCGCAAGGCCGCGGACGCGAGCACAGCUUGGAGCGUGGACGCGAACACAUCCCCAGGAAGUUCGAGGUGCCGCCGAUGAAGAGGAGUGGGAGCCGGGACCGUCUGGCGCGUUCGCCGUCACCUGCUGCCAUGCCCGUCCCUCUGGCCCGCCCCGCCUGGGACAUGGAGCCACUGGAGAAACCAAUGAAUGUCAUGCUGCUGAAGAACCGGCCCAACGAAGAGUAUGGCCUUCGUCUUGGCAGUCAGCUCUUCAUCAAAGAGAUGACUAGCACAGGACUGGCCUGCAGAGAUGGGAAGCUGCAGGAAGGGGACAUUAUAUUAAAGAUUAACGGCACGGUGACUGAAAACCUGUCACUCAGCGACGCAGGGAAGCUGAUCGAGAAGUCCCGCGGGAAGCUGCAGCUGAUGGUGCAGAGAGACAAACAGCAAGUGCUGAUCCGAGUGCCCCCGAUGGUCGACAGCGACUCAGAGCUCGAUGAUAUCUCCGAGAUCGAGUCGUACCGCUCCUACUCCCCACAGGAUGACAGGCGGGGCCACCACUCCGACCUCUCCUCCCACUCCUCCAAUGAGAGGCUUAGAGAGAAGCCUAGAGAGGACCCGCCCAACAGACUGGCAAAAAUGGGUGCCAUGCCAACGCCAUUCAGGGUUCCCGACAGGGCUGUACAAGACAAGCCCCCCUUGCAGGCAGAGAGGGAGGAGCCACGGUCAGAAACUCCUCCAGUAACUCCAGCCCCGAGGGUUCAUACUGCUCUCAAGGUGCCGCUGAAGACGAGCAUAGAGGACCAGGACGUUUAUGGGCCGAACACGGUGAUGGUGCGUUUCUACAAAGGGGACAGUGUGGGUCUGAGGCUGGCGGGGGGGAAUGAUGUCGGCAUCUUCAUCGCCGGGGUUCAGGAGGACAGCGCCGCUGAGCAGGAGGGUCUCCGCACAGGAGACCAGAUCAUGAAGGUGAACAACAUGGAUUUCCGAUGCAUGGUGCGCGAGGAUGCCGUCCUCUACCUCCUGGACAUUCCCAAAGGAGAAGACGUGACCAUUCUUGCUCAAAGCAAACCUGAAGUGUACGAGGACAUUUUAGCGUCCGGCAGAGGGGAUUCUUUCUUCAUCAGGACCCACUUUGAGUACGAGAAGGAGGCUCCUCUGAGCCUGCCAUUCUCCAGAGGAGAGAUCUUCAAAGUGACGGACACACUUUAUGAUGGCAAACUCGGCAACUGGCUGGCAAUCCGCUCUGACAAAGACAACCAGUUGCAGGAGAAAGGAAUCAUCCCCAACAAGAGCAGAGCAGAGCAAAUGGCCAACGUCCAGAAUGCUGCUCGGGCGGCAUCGGGCACCGACAGAGGAGACUUCUGGAGGCUGAGGGGUCAAAGGGCGGCGAAGAAGAAAGAUUUGCGCAAGAGCAGAGAGGACCUGAGUGCAGCUCCGGUCUCCACAAAGUUCCCUGCAUAUGAGAGGGUGGUCUUGCGUGAAGCUGGUUUCAGGAGGCCUGUGGUGAUAUUUGGUCCCAUUUCCGACGCAGUGAAUGAAAAAUUGGGCAACGACAUGCCAGGCAAUUUUGUGGUUGCCAAAACUGAGCCCAAGGACGCAGGAAGUGAGAAGUCCUCCGGAGUGGUCAGACUAAACACCAUCAGACAAAUCAUUGAACAGGACCGUCAUGCUCUGCUGGACGUGACGCCCAAAGCUGUGGACACUCUCAACUACACUCAGUGGUAUCCCAUCGUCAUCUUCCUGAACCCAGACAGCAAGCAAGGCGUCAAGACCAUGAGGAGCCGCCUCGUACCCGGGUCCACCCGCAGCGCACGCAAGCUGUACGAGCAGGCCGUCAAGCUGAGGAAGACCUGCUCGCACCUUUUCACUGCGACCGUUGACCUGAACUCGGCCAAUGACGCCUGGUAUGGCAGCGUGAAAGAUUCCAUUCAGGAGCAGCAGGACAGAGCUGUGUGGGUGUGUGAGGGCAAGUUGGACGGUUCAGAGGAGGACUUGGAUCUCCACGAUGACCGCAUGUCCUACCUCUCGGCAAUGAGCGCGGACUACCUGAGCAUGGACAGUCGCCUCACCAGCGACUACGAGGACACAGCGGACGAGGGCGGGGCAUACACCGACAACGAGUUGGACGAGCCGCUGGACGAGCCCCAGCCGGUGUCUGCCAUCAGUCGAUCGUCGGAGCCCGUGCUGCCAGAUGAGAAGCCUCAUCCUGAACCCCGGGCUCGAAUGAGGAGGUCAGGGAGCAGAGAGAAGCUGAACAGAGACCCCAGCCCUCCCCUUCCUCCUUUUGUCCCCGACCCUCCGAAGGUGCGGGCUCAGACUCGGACUGACUCAUCCCGGAGCUAUGACUCACACUCCAGCAGCACCAUCAGCAGCGACCUAGUGGGCAUAAACAAGCCGCUUCCCCCUCCCGUGGCCCUGAAGCCCCCCGUCCCGCGUCAUAGCCAGCCGUCAGAGGAGCGUAACCCGGGGGACGAGGACCCCGCCAACACAUCCUUUCUGGGCAAGAUAAAAGCUUUUGAGAAAAUGGACCAUCUGGCCCGAGCUCAGAGGAUCCUGGAGCUGCAAGAGGCAGAAAAUGCAAGAUUGGAAAUCGCCCAGAAGCAUCCAGACAUCUACGCCAUCCCAGUGAAACCGCCAAAACCCAACCUCAACCGCCCUCAGCCAAUAGGUUCAAGCUCCAAUCCCGAGCAGGCCUUCAGGCCGCCAUACUCUGAGUCCAGAGGGUACGAGGAGGAUGAGGUGGAGUACCGCAGGCAGCUGGUCGACCAGACCAAGAGAGGAUACUACAAUCCUCAGAGAUACAAUGACACUGAGCUGUAGGCUGAGAAACCAGGAACUGGAUUCCUCCCACAUCAUCGCUCCAAGCAGACAACGUUUGUUGCCAUGGUAACAACUUGUGCAACUUUACCUUGAUGUAAACUCUUCUGUUUGCAUUCCCAUUUCUGAAAAGAUGUCCAUUUCAACACUUAUUCAACACAUACACACACACCCACAGUGUAUUUUGGCUAAUUUACCGUCCAAAAAGCCUUGUUCUCAGAUUCUUCAGUGUAUAUAUUAUAUUUCAUAUAUUGUUUUGAUGUGUCUGAAGAGGUUUUAUUUUCCCGCAUAACACUAUAUGUCAUACAUACUAUUACAUUUGAGUAUGAGCUAAGCAUGUUUUUCUGAAGAUAAAUAGCCUGGAGGUUGUUAAACUGCACUUCUUCUGUAGUUUUGAAAUUGCCAGUUGCUUGGCCGCUAGAGAAGUCUGGAAAGGAACAAUAUUGCAAAUAUACAAAUUGAGCAAGAACAUGUGGCCAGCUACCAACUUAGUUUUUUAAUCAGAAAGGAAUGUUUUAAGGAUUCUGGGUUUGCCUUUAGAGCAUCAAGUAGGUGUUGUUGUUGUUGGAUGCCCUUUUGGGCUUUUCAAAGAUUGCCAGGUUUUUAUUUUUCAGAAAAACAGAUGCAUGCCUCUCUUCCUUGACAUUACAUUCCAGUAACAAACUGGAGCUAAAAGCAUGAAACAACGUACUGUACUUAUGUACAAUAUCUAGACUUUUUAGCAGUUCUGUGCGCCACCAAUGUUCUGACCCGCCACACCAUCAACUAGCUUGUUUCAGGCAUUCUCAUACCAUGUUCAACUCAAACUAUCAGUCGGAGUCACACACAUACACACAUACACACACACACACAGAAUGCUGCAGGGUAGACAUAUUUCUGAAGGCCAACCCCCAUAAAUUAGCAUCUCACUGGUUCCCUUGACAAAAAGCCAAUGGUGUUUUUGGAUCAUCACAGAAAAUAAGCUCUGUGGCAAACACAAGUUUGUGAUAAUUACAGGUUUUGUUCAGCAACGCACCACUUUUAAGAAUGUUUUAUUCAUUUUUAAAGUGUGAAUUCAAUCGCCAAAAAAAAGGAGAAAAAAAGCUUGGUGUGAAGGUGGAACAGUUGUCAUGGUAACCUGUAGCCAUCUCAUUAACCAUGCCCUUUUGAAGACAAGUAAAAGCUUCUAAAUUCACAUCUGAUAUUUACUGACGUAUUUUAUGUCUGAGAACAAAACGUAAAAAAACAAAAAAGCCAUUGACUUUGAGACGAGGGAACCAGAAGUGCAAAUAUGUUCACUAAUUUCUGGGUUUUAGAAUUUAACCACUCUGUAGGUGUUCGUCUUCCUCUUCUUAUGGCUCUCCAGACAAGAAAUAUCUCUGAUUCCUAUUAUAUAUAUUUUACACACACACACACACCAACUACACUGUGUAAUAUGUGUGGGAGGCAGCAUUUGUACAAGUGCCUUGUAGCUCUAAUAUAAGUUUGGAGAAGAAAAAUCACCCAGUUACAGACGGCAUAAUGUUCCUAAAUAGAACUGCUGAAAAGAUAUUUAAGUACAUUUGUUCCGUAUCGUCAACACAGAUUAAUUUAACUGGAAACUGUCCAACCGUUUCAGUUCAUUGGACAUUUGGUAGAGAGGCACAUUGUCUUCACCGAAGAAGAAUUCUGGAGCUGCAAAGUUGUAAUUACGAGAUACAGAAGGAUCUCAUGAAGGUACUUCAUACCCAUGAGAUAACGCAUGACAACACCUGGAAGCGUUUCUGUAUUUAACUCGGCUGGAGCAGAUGUCACGGAUUUUACUGAAUUUGUAAGGUUUAGAUAUAAAGAGGUGCAGCACAACACUAAUGUACGUUUAUUAGCUGCUUGCCACCAGAGACAAUCCCAGUUAUUGCAUACAUGUUUUUAUAUUGGCUGUGAAGUCUUUGUAUACGGGAGCAUGUGGUGAUGAUAAUCAUGUGGGUGUAUCAGUCUAAAUGUUAGUUGGUGAUUGUUCUUUUUUUUUUUUUGUGAUCUCCAUGUUACUGA